GGCCAUGGCCGGCCUGGGCCCCGGCGGGGGCGACUCAGAGGGGGGACCCCGGCCCCUGUUUUGCAGAAAGGGGGCUCUGAGGCAGAAGGUGGUGCACGAAGUCAAGAGCCACAAGUUCACCGCUCGCUUCUUCAAGCAGCCGACCUUCUGCAGCCACUGCACGGACUUCAUCUGGGGCAUAGGAAAGCAGGGCUUGCAAUGUCAAGUCUGCAGCUUUGUGGUUCACCGGCGAUGCCACGAAUUUGUGACCUUCGAGUGUCCAGGCGCUGGGAAGGGCCCCCAGACGGACGACCCCCGGAACAAGCACAAGUUCCGUCUGCACAGCUACAGCAGCCCCACCUUCUGCGACCACUGUGGCUCCCUGCUGUAUGGGCUGGUGCAUCAGGGCAUGAAGUGCUCCUGCUGCGAGAUGAACGUGCACCGUCGCUGCGUGCGCAGUGUGCCCUCGCUGUGCGGUGUAGACCACACGGAGCGGCGCGGCCGUCUACAGCUGGAAAUCCGGGCGCCCACCUCGGAUGAGAUCCAUAUCACAGUUGGUGAAGCCCGCAACCUCAUUCCAAUGGACCCCAAUGGUCUGUCGGAUCCCUAUGUGAAAUUGAAGCUCAUCCCGGACCCUCGAAACCUAACGAAGCAGAAGACCCGGACGGUGAAAGCCACGCUGAACCCCGUGUGGAACGAGACCUUCGUGUUUAACCUGAAGCCGGGAGAUGUGGAGCGCCGUCUCAGCGUGGAGGUGUGGGACUGGGACCGCACUUCCCGCAACGACUUCAUGGGGGCCAUGUCCUUCGGGGUGUCGGAGCUGCUCAAGGCGCCGGUGGAUGGCUGGUACAAACUUCUGAACCAGGAGGAGGGGGAGUAUUACAAUGUCCCGGUGGCUGAUGCUGACAACUGCAGCCUCCUCCAGAAGUUUGAGGCCUGUAACUACCCCCUGGAACUCUACGAGCGGGUGCGGAUGGGCCCCUCGUCCUCCCCCAUUCCCUCUCCGUCCCCCAGCCCUACCGACUCCAAGCGCUGCUUCUUCGGAGUGAGCCCAGGACGUCUGCACAUCUCGGACUUCAGCUUCCUCAUGGUUCUGGGGAAAGGCAGUUUUGGGAAGGUGAUGCUGGCCGAGCGCAGGGGUUCGGACGAGCUGUACGCCAUCAAGAUCCUGAAGAAGGACGUGAUAGUCCAGGACGAUGACGUGGACUGCACGCUGGUGGAGAAACGCGUGCUGGCCCUGGGCGGCCGAGGCCCAGGCGGACGGCCCCACUUCCUCACCCAGCUGCACUCCACCUUCCAGACCCAGGAUCGCCUGUAUUUCGUGAUGGAGUAUGUGACUGGGGGCGACUUGAUGUACCACAUCCAGCAGCUGGGCAAAUUUAAGGAGCCCCAUGCAGCGUUUUACGCAGCAGAAAUCGCCAUUGGCCUCUUCUUCCUUCACAAUCAGGGCAUCAUCUACAGAGACCUGAAACUGGACAACGUAAUGUUGGACGCUGAAGGCCACAUCAAAAUCACUGACUUUGGCAUGUGCAAAGAGAACAUCUUCCCAGGGACCACCACCCGCACCUUCUGUGGGACCCCGGACUACAUAGCCCCAGAGAUUAUUGCCUAUCAGCCGUAUGGGAAGUCAGUGGACUGGUGGUCCUUUGGGGUUCUCCUGUAUGAGAUGUUGGCAGGACAGCCCCCCUUUGACGGGGAGGAUGAAGAGGAGCUAUUUCAGGCCAUCAUGGAACAGACAGUCACCUACCCCAAGUCGCUUUCCCGGGAAGCUGUGGCCAUCUGCAAGGGGUUCCUGACCAAGCACCCGGGGAAGCGUCUGGGCUCUGGGCCAGACGGGGAGCCCACCAUCCGAGCUCAUGGGUUUUUCCGCUGGAUUGACUGGGACCGUCUGGAGAGACUAGAGAUAGCUCCUCCGUUCAGACCUCGCCCGUGUGGCCGCAGCGGAGAAAACUUUGAUAAGUUCUUCACGCGGGCGGCGCCAGCGCUUACCCCACCGGACCGCCUGGUCCUGGCCAGCAUCGACCAGGCCGACUUCCAGGGCUUCACCUACGUGAACCCAGACUUCGUGCACCCAGACGCGCGCAGCCCUUCCAGCCCCGUCCCGGUGCAAGUCAUGUAAUGCUGCCUGCUGCCACCAGGUGUC